GUACAUUGUUCCAUUCAGCUUACUGUUGGCCUGAUGAUUUGAGGAAUCAGGACCCGAUUCACUUAUUUACUAAUUGUUACAUCUAUUAAUUAGUUCGUUUAGUUCAGUGUACAAUAUUCAUCCACUCUUUACACUCCAUCUUCCGGUGGGAAAUAUUUGGCAUGUUUAUUUAUAAUUGUAAUCAUAGAUUAGCUAUGCCUAUAAAUGAGAUGGCAACACACGCCGAUUACAAACAGACAUAUCUACGUGUUUCAUUCUCUCAUCGAUAGCUAUUGGUAUAUCAAUUCGUCGAAUGUUACGGAAAAGGAAAUACAAAAAGCAAAGAGUAAAGUAAAGAAAAAUAAACUUUAUGUAGGUAUCGGAAGAAUUUACGGAAACCACACUGGCGCAGAGAACAACGUGAGGUCUUGAGCUUUACUUUUUUAAUUUUCAUAGAAAAAAAUAAAUUUCCAAGAAUGCCUGCAAUUCGCUUACUAGGCCGCAAAUGGUUGUUUGCCGCGGAUGACCUCGUAUUUCCCUGCGUUAUAGAAAUACCUUUCAGAAUAGUAUGGUUGGUGCUAAUAUCGUUAGUAGUGGCGCAUGAAUAUGAAAACACAUGGUUGUGUAAUUCAACCGGGCCCGACGGAUGGUUGGUGCGCUUAUACUUAUGUGGCACCUUAGUACUUCAGGUGGUGUUGUUAUUGCUGUUGCCAAUUCUAGCGUAUCAGUCCGCAAGAGGCACAAUAACUACCCCCAGAAAGUUGGUUCCUCCAUUAAUUUAUAUCAACCUGUUCAUGACUGUUAUAGAGCUGUUACUUAACAUUUUAGGAUCUAUAUGGAUAUUCUCGGAUGCCAUCGAAUGUUCUAUGACACGAACAUUUUCGAAUAGAGUUAUAUUUUACCUAAUAAUAAUAACGUGGAUACGAAUGGCAAUACUAUUAAUAACUAUAUACAGCUUCUACGAUCCACUGGGAUCUGUAGAUUACGAAGAGUUACAAGAUGAAUCGAUGAAAGCCUGGUACAAUAAAAAACUCGUGGAGGCGUGGGUGUGGAGACUUAAAUGGGCUUUAUUGUUGUUAGAAAGAGACGAACAGAGUAAGGAGGCGAUUGAAGAAACUGCACGACUACUCGCUACUUUGUAUAGAUCAACAGAUUUUGUUCUAUCCGACAUAUAUGCUGGUUGCGUACUCUUAAGGAUACGCCAAAAACGUCUUAGCAAGCUGAGCGAUGAAACAGACAAUGAAAGGUCUCAUUACACUACAGACGUAAAUAAAAUGUUCACUGAUACACCGGCUUGGAUGAAUUUAGAGGACGCCUAUCGUUAUCUUAGAUUAUCGGUGGCAGCUUACGGCUGGCUGUAUGUGAUGUACAAUAACCUUUGUACGUCAUGUUGUCUGUUGGCGCCUUAUCUACGGUGUUGCUGUCACAAACCUACCGAAGUCGAAGUGGAAGGUGACAACUGCUGCAUGUGUAAUUAUGCUGGCCUUAAAACUAUAUCUAAAGUGGACGACUCGGAUAUCAUUUAUCUUUCGUUCACUAACAAAGUCUUUGAGGUAGCGUAUUACGUAGUAGCCGUCCAUGAACAGAAGAGUAUUGUAGUAACAAUACGUGGAACAAUUUCGUUCCCUGAUAUGUUCACAGACUUGGCAGGCGGCAGCGAGGAAUUUAAAGUUGAGGGACUGCCAGAAGGAAGUAGAGCUCAUAAAGGUAUGGCGUUAGGCGCUAGUAAAACUAUGCAGAGCGUGGAGCCUGUGCUAGAAAAAGCUUUCGAAACAUAUCCAGAUUACAAUCUUGUAGUCACAGGACAUAGUCUUGGCGCUGCAGUAGCUGUACUACUGGGAAUAUUAUUAAAACCUAAAUAUCCCAAUGUCAAGGUAUUCUCCUUCUCAGGUCCAGCGGGAUUAUUAAGUCGUGAAGCAGCUAAAUAUACAGAGAGCUUUGUUAUGACUGUGGGACUUGGAGAUGACCUCGUCAUGAGGCUGGGUGUGCUCAGCGUACAAGACUGUAGGGAUAAACUAAUUCAGUCAUUACACGCAACUAGGUUACCAAAGUAUAGGAUAAUAUUAAAAAGCAUCAAAUAUGCUUUCACUUCAAUACCUGAGAGCGACCUCGACGCUACAUGGAAAAAUCCAGACAAUUUGGAAGCUUACCUGUUGAGUAGUCCCAACUUACCAAGAGCCUAUCCGGAAACCGAGCGUUUAUAUAUCGGUGGUCGAGUCUUUCAUAUCAUACGACAUCAAUCUGACAGAAAAUCGGGUAAGCAAGAACCAAAAUACAGCAUGCGAUGGGCGGCGGCUGAGGACUUCAAUGAAAUUCAAGUGAUGCCACGGAUGUUGCUUGAUCACUUACCCGAAAAUGUUUACGACGCUGUUAAAACAGUAGUUUAUGAGAUCCGAACAAGCAGAGCCAGAACUAUACGAGUUGCCUUAAAUAGACAAUAAACACAAUUCAAAUGUCGGUGUGGCCUUAAAUCGUGUUGGGACUAUAUACACUAAAAGUUCAGUACUCAUAUGAGAUCUUUUAAUUAUAAAUCCCCAAGAUCUGAUAAUAAACAAAAUUAUGAUAUAUUUUUUUAUGAAUACGUAAAUUUCUCCGUUUCUAAAUUAAAAAUAAUUAUUGUACUGUAUUUUGAAAGAACAAUAUAUUUUCAAAAUACAUUACAAUAAUUAUUUUUAAUUUAGAAACGGUAUAUCUAAUUAAUUAAUAUAACAGUAUUAUAUUAUUCUACAUCAAAUCGUUGAUAAUAUAAUUGUUAGUGAGUGCCUAAUUAUGUCAAUAAUUUUAUUCGAUCUAAGUCAAAAUAUAUUUAGUAAUUAACGUAUUAUAUUAAUUUUGGUGGUAGUUGCGAUAAUGAAACAGAUAACAAGUAUUAUACAUCUGAAUCGGCGAUGAUUAUUUUUAUUAUUAAAGAGUCGGAUAGAAAUAAGAACAUAUUUAGUUUUAAGAUUUAAUGCGAUACUUCUGCAGGAACUCGUUGCUUUUAUUUGGCAUCUAUUUCCGCUACAAUAUUGUGCCAUAAUUAAGAGUAGCUAUAAAAUAAUAUUGCUUUAAUGAUAAUUAACUACCUAUUUAAGCUAUCACUUUUUCAUUUCGUGCGUAUAUGCUUUUUCUUAGAUCUGUUUAUUUAACUAAUAUAAUAUGUGUAAAAGUUUUAUGGAAAUGUUAUGAUUGAAUAAUCAAUCAUUUGCUAAUUUAUUAUGUAACUUUUUUUUUUAAACAAAUAAGAAACUUCUAUUUAUAUCUUUAUAUUUAUUUUGAGAGCACAAGUCGUUGAUAUAAAAUUAAUGUACAGCGAGAGUUACAAACGAUUCAAUUCAAUUUCAAAAAUUAUGUACUUUACAGUCUUCAUUUCCUAGUAAUUUAUAAUUAUUUUUAUUAAUAUCCUUCACAUUUAUACAAGUUAUAAAUAUGAAAUUUAGAUGGACUUUAUACGCAUUGCAAUGUUGCAUUACGCCAUAUUCAAUAUAUUAAUCAUCAUAAUUUAUACUCAAUGGAAACGUAUUAACUAUUUUUGUAUAAAUUCUAGGCGUAUAAAAUCCGUUAGUAUAGUUUGUACUUAAUAUAAUUUCUUUCAAUUUAUUUAGAAUUCCUAAUUUAAAGAUGCAAUCAUGGUAGCCAAUUUUCUAUUUAUAACUCUUCGUAUUUCCUCUCGAGCGUUUAAUACAAUAUGUGAUAUUUG